AUGUCUUUCAAAAGCUUACCAGGUUCCUCGGGUUACCGACGGGGCCAGCCCAACCGCUUCAACACAAGGGAGCGGGACACGUCGACUCUGCCUCCUGACCGCGACCUCAAGGAGGGCUUGGUCUCUACCCCUCUGCAAACCCUAUCGAAGCCACAGGCCGUCAGAAUCCCCCAGAGCGGAACCGCUAUCCAGCCAGAAAGGCUGAAGUAUAUCGGCUCCUACAACUGGGUCGAGGAAGCCACGCCUACCAUCAUUGUCCCCGGCUCACCUCCCGUAUGGCGCAACCGCGCACUUCCCUACCACGUACCGUUCGACACCGGCGUCCGCAUGGUCGACCAGAACGGCUUCCGGAUGGGUAGUGCGUCGUGCCUGCUGCCACUCCUCCGCGCAGUGGACAUCGUGGCGGAGGAGAAUGCAGACACGUCCCUCGACUGGGCCAGCGUUGACUUCGUCACCGAUCGCAACGGCCUGCGCAAGCUCAUGCGGUGGCUCGGGCACUCCGGCACGGAGUGGGACGCGCCGCUGAAGGAGUUUCGCAUCGACUUACAGCUGGGCGGGGCGAAGACAGUGCUGAUGCACCGGUUUGAGAAGCGGACGAGGGAGAUCGCGAUGCCCCCGAAAGGUGGUUGUGGGAUCAACUUUGAGCGCGAGAGCACGAGCCCCGCGCCAGGGUGUGAACGCAGCACUGGUCAUCAUCGCAUUGUGCAGUAUGAACUUGACGGGCUGAAAAUGGUCGUCCGAUUCGAGGUCGACGCGUGCACGGCUCAACCCACCUCAUCCCCCAUCGGAGCACCUGCUCGGACCACCAGACCUCGCACGAGUAAUGACGCUCUACCUAGCAUCGACAGCCUCGCGGACGCUCUUGGCGGUCUCAACUUCUCAUCGAGGCCGACACCAGCCCACAAUGCAUCCGGUGUCCCCACGAUCACGGUCAUCCGCGCCGGCUCCCAAGUCCCACAGAGCGCGGUCGUCGAGCUCGUGACGCGCUCGCAGAACUACGUCGACCAGUUCGACUGGGCGGAGCAGUACCCGCAGCUGCUGCUCUCCUACACACCCCACCUCUUCCUCGGGGUGCACAACCGCGGCACCUUCGACCGCGUGAAGAAGCACGCCCUCGGCAGCGCGGAGCUGCGCCCAGUGGAGACGGGCCCGAAGAUCCAGCGCGCGUUCCGGCAGCUCGUCGCCAUCCUGCGGACGAUCCAGGACCUGGUGAAGGCGCAGGGCCAGCGCGGGCGGCUGACGCUCCUGUGCCAGGACGGGCUCCUGAAGGUGUACAAGCGAACGAGCAACGCAGGCUGCCUGCCCGAGGACGAGUUGGUGCGGUUCGGUAUCUAA